AUGGCUCAACCAGCUUCACGAGUGAGUAAGACGUGCGAGCUGCUUAUCGCUCCUGCAUCGCAGCAAAGAGUACAGCGGACCCACAGUCGCACGGGUUUCCCCUGAGCCUCUAGCUGGUUGUCCCCCCCCCUCCCCUUCCGCGCGGCUACGAGGAUGCUGAUACACACCUUCUAUUCUCUUGACUCAUUCAGGCCCAGUCACGAACACGUCCAACAGGCGUUGGCAGCUCAUUCGGAUCCGUACGUGGUGAAGGGAGCAGCAGCUCUGCUUCCAGCAGAGUGAGAACAGGUCGCAACGGGAGCAUGGCCGGUGCUUCUUCGAGUGCAGUCUUGCCCGGAAAGAUGGCAGACUCAGUCAACGGUGUCGCGGGCCCUCGCACGAAACGAGCUGCGCUGUCCGACAAGAGCAACAUUGACGCUUCUGUGAGUGACCGAUCACGUAGCUGCUGGCUGGGUGUGCUGGCGUCGUUGCAGUGCUUUGGCGUCGUCAGAAUGAGGGGCGGAUCAAAUCGCGCCACCAACUGCGUCAACGGUAA